AUGGAAUGGGACAGAGAAACGACGAAAAUGGGCUAUACGACGCUAUGGAAGCGGCUUUCGCCGCGGCAGUUGAAUAUCACCAUCCAAGUUUUCUCCCUCGUAUCCAUCUUCUUCGAGGGAUAUGAUCAGGGAGUCAUGGGUGGUGUCAAUGCUUCGCCCAAAUACGUCACAGAGGUCGGCAUUGGUACGCCUGAUGGCACCGUGACUGACACCACGCACCAGGGUGGCAUUGUCAGUGUCUAUUACCUUGGUGCUAUCUUUGGUUGCUUUGCAGGAGGAUACCUGGCUGAUCGAAUUGGUCGUAUUAACGGCAUGCUGAUGGGCGCGAUAUUUGCAUUGAUCGGCGGUGCACUACAGAGUGCUGCUCAGAACUCGAACUUUAUGAUUUGUGCUCGAGUGGUUACGGGCAUUGGCACCGGAGCUUUGACCGGUAUCACCCCUGUCUUGGUGUCCGAAACCUCUUCGGCAGAUCACCGUGGAGGAUUUUUAGGUUACGUUUUCAUUGCCAAUUACCUCGGCAUCUCAGUCGCAUACUGGAUCUCUUUCGGUCUCGCCUUCGUCGACAACGGAUACUCGGAGGUGCGAUGGCGAUUUUUGCUUGCCUUCCAAUGCCUUCCGGCCCUUUUCCUUGUCUGUUGCAUCAAGAUGCUACCGGAUAGUCCCCGAUACCUCGCUUCAGUGGGUCGCAAGGCAGAGGCGCGUGAGCUAUUGGAAAAACUUCGUCAGCACCGAGCUACCAAAGAUGAAAUUGAUCAGGAAUUCUUUGAAAUCGUCACAUUGGCAGAGGAAAGUAAGGGUCAUUCUAUCCAAUUUGCAGAGAUCUUGAUCGGCAAGGGUGGAAAGAUACAUCCGAAUUUAGGAAGACGAGCUUGGCUAUGCGUCUGGCUACAAAUUAUGGCUUCCUGGACGGGUAUUACUGCCGUCACUGCAUAUUCUCCUGUGCUUUUAAAACAAGCCGGAUACACCCAGCUUACGCAGAAUGGGCUGGCUGGGGGUAUCAACACGAUCGGAAUCAUCGGUACCAUUAUCAGCGCUCAGAUCGUCGACCGCCUAGGCCGUCGUGUCUGUCUUCUAAUUGGCGCAGCAGUGCUAUUUGCCGUCAAUCUAAUCGCUGGGUCUGUCUACGAGGGCUCAUUGCAUAAUCCCGCCAAAGCGGCGCAGUACGCUCCCGGGGCUAUUGCCAUGUUGUUUUUGUUUAACCUUGGCUAUGCUGCGACCUGGGGCACGGUCGCAUUCUUGAUCCCCACGGAAAUUUUCCCCAGCGAUUUGCGAGCUCAGGGGAACGGGUUUGGCAUUACUGGCUGGGCCAUAGGUGUUGGCAUGACCACUUUGGUCAAUCCGAUCAUGUUCCAGGCUCUGAAGGUUCGCUUGCACGUCAUCUUUUUGCAGACAAAGCUGACAAUAUUUUUGCAGAGCCGAACGUACUUCCUUUUCGCCGGUCUCAAUUUGAUCUGGAUACCAACUGUUUACCUCUUCUACCCUGAAACCCGUAACCGCUCGCUGGAAUCCAUUGAAGCACUGUUCUCAACCUCGAGCCCCUUCUACUGGAAGAUGGAACAGGCAUUUAAACUGCAUGGUGAUGUUUUGGUGGAACACGGAAUCAGUCGGGAUGAUGACAAACCAGAGCAGGAGAUGAUUGCGUGA